UGCAUACCCAAAAUCUUUUCCUAUAUAUACUCAACUUCUCAAUGUAGGGUUUCAUCAACAAGUGAUCCAAUGGCGAAGUCUAAGGUUCUAAGCAUUGUUUUCUUUGUGUUGUUAGGUUUGGGAAUAUGUUCUGCCGCUAGAACACUCCUAAACUAUGGUUCAGACCACUACAUUGGUGGUUCUAUCCAUGGUGAUAUUGGUGGAGGAUAUGGUAGUGUAGGUGGUUAUGGAGGAGGAGCUGGUGGAGGAGAAGGUGCAGGUGGAGGAUAUGGUGGUGCUGGUGCUGGUGGACAUGGUGGAGGAGGAGGAAGUGGAGGAGGUGGUGGUGCUGAAGGAGGUGGAUAUGGUGGAGGAGCUGGUAAGGGAGGUGGGGAAGGCUACGGUGGAGCAAGUGGAGGAGGUUAUGCUGGUGGUGGUGGAGAAGGAGGAGGUGGUGGUGCAGGUGGUGGUGUUGCCGGGGGUGGAUAUGGAGGAGGAGCUGGCCAUGGUAAGGGUGGUGGAGAAGGGUAUGGUGGUCGUGGAGAAAAUGGUGGAGGUUAUGCUGGAGGUGGUGGUGGAGGUGCCAGUGGAGGUGGUGGAGGCGGUGGUUCUGGUGGUGGCUAUGGCGGUGGUGGGGCACAUGGAGGAGGAUAUGGUGGUGGUGCCGGUGGCGGAGAAGGUGGUGGCCACGGUGGAUAUAAUUAAGCUCCUCUAACCAUAGUAUUAACAAGAAUAAGGUACGGGUAGAGGAUGCUUUAAUAUAAUAUUACACUUCCUAAAUUUUAAUUUACGUAUUACAUGCAUGAAUUCAAAAUGGAUGUAACGGUGUGAAGGACAUUAUAUAUCAAUUUAUUAUUCUAAAAUGCUUAAUGCAUUAUUCCAUUUC